CGUGCCCCGACGUCAUUUCUAUGCGCCGGCGAGAGGACUGGCCUGCGGCGGGCUAAGGGGGAAACGCGGGGAACGAGGAGGGCGGCGGACGGUGGCCGCUCGAGGACAUAUCCAGCGAGAAGCGCAGCGGUAAUUUAAAUAGCUGGAGAAGGAGCGCUUUGAAGUUUUCACUCAGCCUCCUCAAGCGGCUCGCGCGCCGCAACCGUCGCCUUGCGGCUUUCCUGACUCUUUGGGCGCGCGCGCGGCCUCCUUUUCGAGUAGGGGAAGGAGGCGAAGGAGGAGAAAGGGGCGCUUGCCUGUUGAAGCAUUAGUUCCCGGGCACAUAGAACUACACACAGGCAGAGGGGGAGAGCGAGUCUAGUUUCAUUUCUGAAAGAGGGACGGUGUAAGUCCCAUACUUGCCUACUCUGGAGUAAACCCCACUGAGUUCAGUUGGCCUUACUCCCAUGUAAGUGAGUGCAGGAUUGCACCCUCCAUCUCUUGUCAAUGCAGCCCAAGAGAUCCGCUGUGGCGCAACGCAGUUCUCUGCGGUGCCACAAAUCUCUCUUUCUCUCAAAGCGUUUUGCUGCAAACAGACCAAUAAUGUGGCUCUUCGGAAUUUAGAACUCGGCCUUCUCUGCGCAUGCGCCUGGAGCGGCGGGAGAUGCUGGGGCAACGCGCCUCCUGUCGCCCCUGGGUGGGGGUCGGGGUGCGGGUGGGGAAGGGGCGUGUGCCUCAGUUCUGCGGCUCACCAGUUCCCGCUAUCUCUGAGCACACCCAGUGGGUGGCGACCCCUACAUGCUCCUUCUUUCAGUAACGUUUGUGGUUUAAGAACCGCAGUGUCAUCGCGGGGUCAGAGGCUUGGCCCAAUUGUCAAAUCGCCUGAGCUGGGUAGACAAGAGUUUAAAACCUGUUUGGUGGUUUUGGACCCCUAAGGCUCAGUAUUUCUUAUCUCGAAACACAUCAUGUAGAGGGUGCUGACAAACCGUAUUAAGGGGAAACUGGUAUAUUUACAUGUAAGUGGGUUUAGAUUUCUGUGUAUUUGUGUAUGUAUUUAUGCAUGUAUGUGAGAGAGGCAGCUAAAUUGGGAAAGAGUGACCUGGGAAGAAGAUUAUGUGGCUUCAGUUCUUUGAAAUUGCUACUAAUGCGGACGGUGACCUGCUUUGAAAUGGGAGUGUUUUUGGCAAGGUUGCUAGGUUAUCACUUGUGUCCUCCCUGUUACCUGUUGAGCUCCUGGAUUGAACUGUAUUAUCUGAGUCAAAUGUGUAUAGCUUCAACUACAGAACUUUAUCAUGUGGAAUGAAAUCUCACUGAAUGACCUUUGGUAUUUGAUUAUAUUUCAGUGUAAAAUUCUGUUUCUCCUAAGCAUUAAUUUGCCAUUGAGGUCACCAAAUCAGGAUUUCCCUCCUAUAUAGAUAGAACAUCAGAGGAUUUAUUUUUACAUAUGCUGAGAAGUAGGUUGCUGUCUAUCUCUUGUAUCGAAGAACUGACGGUUAUGUUGCUGCACCCUCUUUGUUUUUGUUUUAUUUAAAAAAUGCUUAGCUUGUAAAUAUUUUAGACUUAUUUUAUUUUGAAAUAUUGUUAAGCACAUAACACUUACCAUGUGUUAUAAUACAGCACUUUCUCCUUCAUGUUGUGUCUAUUUCAUAAAUACAAAUUAUGGCCUGCUUGAAUUGUUUCAGAUGCAUCAUGUCCAAAAUGGUGGUCUUCCGUGUGGGACUUGGUAUGGUCCUGGGAGCAGCUGCAGGAAUAGGUCUCUUCUACUACUUCUACAAACAAAAGAGAAAAAAGCCCCAGCAAAGAUCCAAAUCACCAAACGUACAGAGUCAACAUAAUGCUCUGGACCCUAAAGAACACACACAAAUUCUACAGCCUUAUAAUCAGGGUACAAAGAUGGUUUCCAUUUUUUAAAUUAUCUUUUGUACUUUUAUUUUUUCUAAGACUAGAGUUACUCAAACUGGUAAGAGGUUGUGAGGUUAAUUUAUCACCAUUAAACUUGGAAUUCACAUGCCUAGUAUUACUCUUAUUUGCUUAAUUUCAGUGAAAGUAUGCUCUGAGAUGAAUGGGUAGAUUAGUUGAGAAUUCUGUUUGUAUCUGAUAAGUUAUAAUUACUUUAAGAAUAAAGACACAACUCUGCUGAACUUGCCAAAUGGGAAUAUAUUAAAAGAUUCAAUUUUUCUGUAAAUUAACAAAUUACAAUUAGACGUUAAGUUGUAAAUGCUUAAUGUGUACAAGUCUGCAUAUGCACAAGGCUCUUUCUGCAGACUGGAAAAGCAGUUAUAUUAGUGUAGGUUAUAUACCCUUGUACUAUUUAUCUGCAAAAUGUUGAUGGCUAGCAUGUUUGCAUCGCUGUAUCAAUGAUAUGUACAAUGCUAUGGGAACUGACUGCAUUUUUCCCCAGAGCAGGUUUUUAUCUCUUUUUCCUGGGAAGUCUCUGGGUUCUCCAUUCUGGGAGAAGCUUCCUUCUACCAAGUCAGACUUUUGAUCCAUCUAGCUUAGUAUUGUCCACCUGACUAGCUGUGGCUUUCGCCAGGGUUACUGACAGGGGACAUUCUCCUUCAAACCUGGAGAUGCCAGGGAUUGAACCGGGAGUUUCUCCAUGCCUAGUUGUGUUGUAGCUGCUUCAUUUUCUUUCUCUAGUUCCACGGAUGAGACAAGCACCAGUGGAAGGUGGUGACAGCAUCCCAUAUACAGCUCAUCUAACACAAGAAGAACAGGCUGAAGUGCUGAACCGUCUGGACUUUGUGCUCAAAAGCCUUAUAGAACUGCGACAUGAAGUGGAAGAGUUGCGGAAUAGCCUGCGGGGUUUAGCAGGAGAGAUCGUUGGAGAAGUCAGGUUAGUAUAAAGCUAUUUCCUUCAGAUUCCAGGUUGCUGAAAAUUACAUGAACCAUGUUUUGGGUGAAAUUGUUAUUGUGCUUUCCUUUUUUUAAACUGUCACUGCUAUUUGUAAAACAGUAAUUCUUCCAGAGUAAUUUCACUGAUAUUCAGCAAAAAGCUAUGGAUAUGCUAGAGGCACAUGCCCUUACAAGGAUAUUUAAUUUCAACAUGUUCCUCUCUUUUUUUCUUCAGCUAUCUACAAAGCAUCAACCUUUAUCACACUAACCAGUAUUUAAAAUUUGAACCAUUUGAUUUUGUAUCUGUUGUCAAAUGUCAUUUGUAACAGGUUGUCAGCCCCAAAAAUUGAUACUGGAGCAGAACACUGGUAUAAAGCAGUUUAUCAAGCAGUUCAGAAUUGAAUCCAAAACUAAGAAAUGUGUUGAUGUUUGUAUUGUGGGAAGAGUAACUUCUGGAAUAACUCCACUGGAAGGUUUUGGAUGAAGCCUUUUGAAUGAUUCAUGUUAAUAUUGACAGCUGUAGAAAAGCAGCAUCAAUGAAAGAACAUCUGACCUAGGCUGCAGUCCUAUACACACCUUGGGGGAAGUUUCAUUGAACUUGAUGGGACUUUUUCCUGACACAUGCAUAGGAUUGCACUGCUAUGCUUCUUAGUGGAUGACCAUUUAUUUUUUCCUGGAAGUUCUUCUUAGUAUAGUAUAGUUGCUAGAUGAUUUCCCCCUAACAGAUAUCCCAGACUGUAGACUUCACAGCCCUAUCUAAUCUAUAAAGUUGAAUGCACUUUUGUCAGUUUCCCUUCUUAGUUAUAAUUGGUGAUAUAGCUAAAUUAUUGUGUAAACAUUUGUAUAUGUCUGUUAUACUUUUAUAUUCUAUGACACAAUAGUUGAAUAAGGUCUGAUUUUGUAGGACUAAUCUGAAUUAUACUGAGCAGACUAGAAUAAUUAUUUUGGUGGUUUGUGGAUGCAUUAGAGAAGGAAAAUGGAAACAAACAAUUAAUGGGAAACAAACAAUUAAACAGCUUAAGUGUCUCUUGUGUUAAUAUCUCCCCUUGCAGAACUCAACUAGAAGAAAGCCAGAAGGUUAUUCGGCGGAGGCGUACUGUAUAUCCCAGAGAAAGGAGUGAUUCCACAGGUUCAAGCUCUAUAUAUUUCACAGCCAGCUCUGGAGCUGCCUACACUACUGAUGGUGAAAGUGAGGGAGGGUAAGUGAGUUCAAAGCAAAAAUUAGUUUAAAGGGAUUAACUUGUGGCAGCAGUUGGUUCUAUAAUAGAACUGACUAGUAAAAUAUCUAUUCUGCGCUUGGUAUUAAGCCUCAUCAGGGAAAGCUCAAGGAGAAGUAAAAUGUUGUUAAAUUUCUAUGUAAUUUUUUCUUUAGAGAGCCUUGCUGUUCGCUUAGGGCAGCCUUCAAGGUGACAAACAAUUUGGAAGGGCUUGUUUCAUGCCUAGUUGUGAAAUUUGGCAUUUCUGAACUAUAUGGAAAGAGUUUGGAGCUAGACCUCAGUUAAAAGCUUUUAAGCAGAGAUUGCGUGGUGCAUCCCUUCAGAUAGACCAGGCAUGUCCAAAGUCCAUUUUGGGGGGGACCUAAUCCAGCCCGCUGGUCAGUUUAAUCCUGGAGUAAAGUAAACAACUUUGGGGUAAAUAAUUGUAAAAAAAGCUCAACAACUUCAAUCCUAAAAAAUCCUUUAAAAAGCUCAAUAACUUCGGUCGGCCCUCGCGCAUGUUCACUUCAUCAAAUCUGGCCCUCUUUGAAAAAAGUUUGGGCACCCCUGAGAUAGUCAGAUCAACUGUAGCAAUUUCUACAAUAGCCCUACAGGGGAAUCACUGCUUACAUGAGGCUUCCAUUCCUGGCUGCCAGACAUGUAAGUGUGAUAUGCCCAAGUCCAUUCCACUCCACCCCAUUCCGCCCCACCCUCUUUGGGUGCCAAAAACAGUGCGCCUGUCAGCGACCACACAUUUACUGAUCUCGCACGAGUGUGGAGGUGCCUGUAUUUUAUAAGAUUUCCCUUACGUUCCUUUUUAACUACCUUGUUUAUAAGGAUUUUGAAAAAGAGAGAGCUAGAAUGACCUUCACUUUCUAAAAAUUAUUUAUUAAUUAAAAAAUUAUAUCCCGCUUUUCAUCAUCAGAACAUAAAACAAACUCUUAAAGAGUUCAAAGGGAUCUGAAAGUCAAUACGAGCAGUUCUUAUCUAACUUUGUGUAGGAGGGAUGCCCGUUAAAUGAGAAUCCUCAACUGUUUUGGAAGGAAGGUUCAGAAAUAAUGCCAUAUUUGUCCUUGUGGCUUAAACCAAUUUCAUGACCUUGCAUAGAUUUCUAGAAUGUGUUGUACUUGGGAAAGAAUUUGGGGAGAGAUGUGGAGAAGUCUGUAAUCUGUCUGCUGAGUCUGUAAUUUAUCUGCUGAGUGGACAAUAUAAACAAACAACUAUGAAGCUUGUACACUUUCUAUCUGCUGUUGUCUUAUUAGGGAGAUUCAGAAUAUUAAGUUUUGUGCUUUUAUUAUUUAGGUGUUGUUAUAAUUUUCUUCACAUGGCAUUUCAAUCAAGAUUUGUUCCAAGACAAAAAGUUUUCUGAAGGAGCAUGUUGUAAAAAGGAGUUGUGAUCUGCUAGGAACAUUUGGCAUUCUGAGUUUAUGUGAUAUAUAGUUUAGUUUGGGUCCAAAAUAAAGUUCUACUGAUUUUACCUUGUGUAAAUUUAUAAAACUUACCUUUGUGUAAGUUUUAUAAUAGUUGGAUGACUAGAUACAAAUUAACAGAUCUAAUCAUAUCGAUAAAUGAAAACCACAACUAUUUCUUUCCCUGUGGCUUGUAUUUGAUUUGGGAUAUUAAUCCUUUGGUAGUGGCGAUUGUGGAGAAAUAACUCUUGCUAAGCUAAUAAACUGCUGAAUGGUCUUAGCCUGAGAGCAUUUAUUUAUCUGCUGUAUUUAUAUCUCGCCUUUUCCCCAAGGAACUCCAGUGUGGUACAUGGUUCUCUCAUCCCCACCCACCCUAUUUUUUGUUCCCAGAAUGACUCUGUGAGGUUGGUUAGAUUGAGAGAGAGUCACCCAGGGAUUGCCAUCUUUUAUUUCUUUAUGGACAAUAUUACUAUGCUUCCUCAUAACCAAAGUUAUGGAUGACAUACCUAAACAUCAUUAAAAUACAAUAAAAGCAAUAUAAAUAAAAUCACAAUAAAACACAUCACACUUCAGAGAAGUGUGGCGAAUGCAGGCCUUAAAACAUUUAACAAACCAGAGCCUCAAAAUCAUUUAAAGCCCUAAAAAGCAUUGGAGAAUAAAGUCUUUUCCUGAUGCCAAAAGGAAUACAAAGUACAAAUAGUUGGUGGCAGGUGAGCCGCUGUGGAGAGGGAAUUCCACAACUGCAGUACUAUCACUGAGGCAGCACACUCUGUAGCCACAAAACAGAGUAUAGUGGUACCUCGGGUUACAUACGCUUCAGGUUACAUAUGCUUCAGGUUACACACUCCGCUAACCCAGAAAUAGUGCUUCAGGAUAAGAACAGAAAUCGGGCUCCGGCAGCGCGGCGGCAGCAGGAGGCCCCAUUAGCUAAUGUGGUGCUUCAGGUUAAGAACAGUUUCAGGUUAAGAACAGACCUCCAGAACGAAUUAAGUACUUAACCCGAGGUACCACUGUACUUGGUGCUGGCACUCUGAGAAGAGCCGUUGGUGACCCCAUGACUGAGUGGAAUUUGAACCUGGGUUGCUAGUCCUAGUCAAACAUGCUAACCACUGUACUCUGGACCCAUACAAUUGCACACGGAGUUUGGUCCUUUGAAAAAGGAGGUAAAACACACACAUCCUGCAUAUACUCCAGAGCUUUUGACUGAGUGACUUUGCACACACAUACUUAUCUCUAAGUGAUUGCAACAUCAAGUUACAUGAUUAUGUGAAAUAGAAGGUACAAGCAGGGUUUUCAUACAGCUUGAUACCACUUCGGAUACUUCCUGUAUUUUAAGUGGCAAUAUAAAAUCAUACGAAGGUUCUCGUCUGAGUACUGCAAAUAAUUGAAUGUUUGGAGUGACAUAUUAUGUCCUACAUCAGAGGUAGCACUCCAAAAAUGUAUUGGGAAACUGUGUAAGGAAAGUAAAUAAAAAUGUAGUGGGUAACUCAGCUGCAGGAGUGGGAAUAAUUCUUAGAAGUGCACUGAAGAACGCGUGGAGGGAUGAUGUAGGAAGAUGUAGAAAUAAGCUAACACUUACCAACCAAAGCACAGUAUGUUGGCAUCACUGCCAUGACUUAUUGAUAGAAGAUUGUCAAGUACCGUAUUUUUCGCCCUAUAGGACGCACUUUUCCCCCUCCAAAAAUGAAGGGGAAAUCUGGGUGCGUCCUAUGGGGCGAAUGCAGGCUUUCGCUGAAGCUUGGAGAGUGAGCGGGGUGGGUGCGCACCGACCCCUCUCACUCUCCAGGCUUCAGGAAGACAUCCGCAGCCUAGGCAGCCCUGCGGGAGUUCCCGCAGGGCUGUCUAGGCUGCGGAUGCAGCCUGCUUCCGAGCGUCGGGCGCGCUGAAGCAGAGCCCCGGCGCUUGAACCAUCCGCCGCCUAGGCAGCCCUGCGGAGGUCCCGCAGGGAUGUCUAGGCUGCGGAUAGCAGCCUGCUUCCCGGAGCGCCGGGCGCCCCUGAAGCAGAGCGCCCGUCGCGCCGGGCAGACAUCCGCCGCGUGGGGCGCGCUGCCGGAGUUCCCCGCCGGGCCCCCCACGCAGCAGCUAGCAGCCUGCUGCCCGGCGGGCGGGGCGCCCUGAAGCAGAGCGCCCCUCGCGCCGGGCAGACAUCCGCAGCGUGGGGAGCCCUGCAGGAGUUCCCCGCAGGGCUCCCCACGCUGCGGAUAGCAGCCUGCCGCCCGGCGGGUGGGGCGCCCUGAAGCAGAGCGCCCCUCGCGCCGGGCAGACAUCGGCCAGCCCCACAAGCUCGGGGGACAGCAGGGAGGUGCAGCGCCGCCAUCCCGCUGUUCCUUGACCUGGUUCGGUUUCCCCGACCUGCUUUUGGGGGGAAAAUAAAGGGAAAAAUUUUUUCCUUUAUUUCCCCCCCCCCAAAAAAAACUAGGUGUGUCCUAUGGGACGGAGCGUCCUAUGGGACGAAAAAUACGGUAAUUAUCAUUCUGUAGGAUGUAGAUUCACAGUUCUUGACAGUGUUGUGAAAUAUAUUGCAAGAUCAGCAUGGUUUUUGGUGUAUAGUUCUACUUUUAUUCUAGUUUACUACUUAUUAAAAAUUCCUUAAAAUAUUAUUUUUAGAAAAUGUAGUAUUUUUCCAAUGGAGCUGGGACACAUAGUGCAUCGUAUCUAAGUUUUAGUAGACCUGUUGAAAUAAUGGCCCUACAUUAAUCCUAUCUAUUAAUUUCAAUGGGUCUGCUCUGAGUAGGACUAGCAUUGGCUACAACCCACUCAGUUGGAAAUUAGACUGAUGGCCCAUGCAUGUGUGCUGUGGUUUGUUGGUCAGGAAUUUUGGCUUUGUUUUUCAGUUCCAGACUUUGAGGCCAUUAGCCCAUUCUGUUGUAUUGUAUUGUAUGUUGUAUCUGCUUCUGAUACUAAAAGCUGUUGCAUAGCAGGAAGUUUAGGAUUCCCCCCCCCCAUAUUAGCAUUCUGUUCAUAGAGUUAGAUCCAAAUUUCCCUGAAUAGAAGGGCUCCUUCGGUCCACUUCUGAUCCAGAAGAGGUAUCUCAUUAGUGGAAGGGCAGAAGAGGAUAUUUGUUUAUACCCCCGCUUUUCUGGAGAGUCUCCCCAUCCUCUUGAGCAGAUCUUUGAAGGUUGGGAGGGGUUGCAGAAGGAAAAACAAACCAGCAAAAGUUAGACUCUUCCCUCUUUUCUAAUAAUGGAAGUGUGAUGAACGGAACUCCCUUAGGGAGAAGCUUCUGCCACUAACAAAGUUCAGGCACAAACUUCUAUUUCUUAGGAAGUGAAAUCUAUUGACUUUAAAAGCAUUGAUUGUGAAAUUUAGGUUAUGUCGUGUUAAUGUAUUGACAGAUUUUCUGUAAUUUGUCUUAAAGCUAUACUACAGCCAAUGCAGAGUCUGAUUAUGACCGCGAGUCUGAUAAAGAGAGUGAGGAAGGAGAAGAUGAAAGAAGUUGUGAGACUGUGAGAACGGCAAGGAGGGAUUCCUUAGACCUUGUCAAUGAGGAUGAAACACUGACUUUGGACCCUGCUACAGACGAAGCAUUUGGUCAGUUGCUCCAGCAAGCAGAUCGCUUGCACAGUGGGAGCGAACAGGAGAAGAGAGAAGGAUUCCAACAGCUGCUUAACAAUAAACUAGUGGUAAAGUUCACUCUAGCAGUUUCCCAGAAAAACUGAGCUGAGCUAACCAGCAGGGAGAGCAGAACAGGAUGUUGUGCAAGGUCUUGUCUAUACCACAAUCCUAAAUGAGACCAGGCAUCUAAAAUGCAGCAUUGCUUAUGCUGCCAUUAGAAAAUUAAAACCCUCAAAGCCUGUGGGACUUGGCCUCUUCUUAAAAGCAUUAAAUUAUGUUUUGUUUAUUGCGUAUUGAAACAUACAGUAACUCAAUCCCCUAAUGUGUUUAAAAGUGGAACUGCAGCAUCUCUGAAGUUGAUAGCAAAGCUCUCCUCAGACUUAUUACAGUGAUGAUUUAGGCAUAAUUGUUUCAUGAAAUGUCGAUACAAACUUGCUUUAUAUAUACAUGUCAACAAGUCAGAUGGUCAGCUGUUUGCAACAUGUUUGGGAAUCAAAUCAAGCUUAAGGUAAAGGUAAAGGUACCCCUGCCCGUACGGGCCAGUCGUGUCCGACUCUAGGGUUGUGCGCCCAUCUCACUUAAGAGGCCGGGGGCCAGCGCUGCCCGGAGACACUUCCGGGUCACAUGGCCAGUGUGACGAAGCUGCUCUGGCGAGCCAGCACCAGCGCAGCACACGGAAACGCCGUUUACCUUCCCGCUAUAAAGCGGUACCUAUUUAUCUGCUUGCACUUAAGGGUGCUUUCGAACUGCUAGGUGGGCAGGAGCUGGGACCGAAAGACGGGAGCUCACCCCGCCGCAGGGAUUCGAACCGCCGACCAUGCGAUCGGCAAGUCCUAGGCACUGAGGUUUUACCCACAGCGCCACCCGUGCCACCCAAAGCAAGCUUACCAGUUCCCAAACUCUUCCCAUCUUCAUUUGCAGUCAUUUUUCAGUCUGUUCUUCUAAUGUGUCUCUUACAUCUUUUGUGUUGCUAAUGCUAUCUCAAGUCUUCUACUCCUGCUCCAAGGCUGCCCUACCCAACUGCUGCAACCUACUUGCUAUGCUUGAAGUUGGAUCUGCAGUAUUAUCUAAGAACUGUUUGUUCUGCCUUAAUACUCGCCCAGUUACUGAGAAAUCGCCUCAUUUUCUCUCCCUGUCCCAACCCCAUGGUAAAAUUAGGUUAAUGAGCCUGGAACUUAUAGCCAUGUCAGUAGUUAUAGAUCUGCUUUAUAUAUCAUUGUACCAAAUUAAUUGGCUCUGUAGUGGCCAACUUGAUUUUAUGAAGUCUCACACAGGUCUCGUAGUUCCCAGUUCUGUCCCCACAAGGGGGAGUAUUGUCCAAUUCAGCCAUGCAUAAUGUGCACAUGGCUGGUGUAUUCCAUCUAGUGGUCAUGGCUGUGGUACAUAUGCUAUAUGCUGCUUAAGCUUGACACCUUUGUCUGCUUGCAAAGUAAACCCAGCGUGACACCAGCAGAGGAACAGUUUAUUUGCAGGAGCAGGGACUUGUUCUAGGAAGGUUUCUGUUUGACAUAAGUGUUUGACUGUCUGACCUGAAUCCUAUAGUUACUUUAUUAAAGUCUAAAGAAUGAGAAGCAUAUUACACUUUACUAAUUCAGGCAAGUGAAGAGAUUUAAAUGAAUUAUUGAGUUGGUUUUGCUAGUCUAGAGCAUUUUUCCACUGCUUGUCAAAUUGUUUACAAGCUACGUUUAAAACAAAACACCUGCAAUAUGUUAUACUUGGAAAUCCCAUUUUCUCUUAAGCAAACAGGUGAACUAAUAAAUAAAAAAAUUGUCCAGUAGCACCUUAGAGAUCAACUAAGUAUGUUCUGGGUAUAAGCUUCCGUGUGCAUGCACACUUCUUCAGAUACCAGGCUGCAUGCACACGAAAGCUUAUACCCAGAACAUACUUAGUUGGUCUCUAAGUUGCUACUGGACAAUUUAUUUAUUUAUUUUGACUGCAUCAGACCAACAUGGCUACCUACCUGAAUCUAGAAUCAGGUGAACUAAUAAAUGUGAACUAACAUUUGUUUUACCCACAGUACGGUGACAAGCAGGAUUUCCUUUGGCGCCUGGCCCGAGGUUAUAGUGAUAUGUAUGAAAUCACGGAGGAUGCAGAUGAGAAGUUAUCUUAUGCGUCUGAUGGUAAGAAGGCACUUUGAGAUAAGGGUGGGUGCAUUUCACCAGUGAGUUGUAUUGGGCAUUUAUUUACCUGCCUGCCUUGGAAAAAUGUAGGUUACACACACGGUUAUUUGUUUGUUUGUUCCAUUUAUAUCUCACCUUUCCUUCCAGAAGCCCAGGGUGGUGUACAUUGAUUCUCUGCCUCCUCAUUUUAUCCUCAUAUUAACCCUAUGAGGUAGGUCACCAGUGAGUUUCAUGGCAGAGCAAGGAUUUGAAUCCUGAUCUCCCAGGUCUUAGUCCAACCACUGCACUACACUGGCUCUCAAUUUAAAAUUACAGCCCCCCGCCCCCGGUGGAUUAUUCUAACUCCUAAAAUGAAAUCGUGUGUUAAAGAAUCUUGUAAACAGAAUUGUACUCAGAGAACUGCUUGGCAGGUGCUGCAAUUGCAUUUGCUGGUUUUAUCAUGCAAUGCAAAACUUUCAUAGCAUGAAUGGUACAAUAAGUCUGAAUUGCUGCAUCUAUAUUGGAAGCUUGCGCCAACCCACACUUUUGAUUCACAUCACUGCCACAAACUGCUUUACUCCUCAAAUUCCUGAGCUUAUGUUUGUCUCAAAAUUGUCCACUUUCCUUUACCUCCUCUGUUGCUGCCUCCUUGUCAGACAGCAACCCCAUACUUCUCUGAUAGGGCAAAAGUAGGCUCUUUGUGAUGCUGGAACUCUAAGGCUGCAGUUCUACAGUCUGCACCCUGAGAACACAUUGUUAUGGGACUUGGGAAGCUGGCAGAUUCAAAGCCAUAGUUUCCCAUCUGAAUAUGGUAUUUCAUAUGUAACAUAUCUCUCUUAAAAGUGUAGUUAAAUUCUUGCUCGUUUCUGCCUUGUCUCUCCCUUUGUGACAGCUCCACAAAUAUUAGGGGUGAAGCUCGAUCUCAGGCAGCAACCUUAAUCUGGUUUUCUGGGUUGGGAGGCAUGUGAGCCAAAAACCUAUGGGCUCUAUUUCCAAGAGUGUCAGACGGUGAGGUGCAGCUCUUCAGCUGUCAUAAUGUGUCAUCCUUGUAUUAGGCUGCUGUUUUCUGAAUAAUAUCUGCUUACUGAAUGUGUGAAACUUCUUUGUACACUGUUAAUCUCCAGUUUCAAAGUAUGUGAAGGGUUAAGUGUUUAAAAUGUGGCACACAAAUAAGUUUGUUUUUGUUGAUUUUCAUUGCAGGAAAGGAUGAGGCAGAAACAGCUUUGCAGAUGGGAGAUCAAAGUGCUGAGUGUCACCAGUGGUAUGUAAUUACUUCCUUUGUGAAGAAAAGGCAAAAAGAGGAGAAUUGUUUUAUAUAUUGGCCUUCUAUAUGUUGUCACUUUAGACAUAAACUUUUCAGAAGUAUAGUCCACAUACAGAGCUGCUGUCUUCUUAAAUGUACAGAUUUGAUUUAUCCUUCUUCCACAAAUACUUAUUCAUUUGGCAGAAGAGUUUGAGUUUAUGGACAGAGCUGUUUACAAUUAAUCAAAAUAUGUUUUCCCCAUUUGCUCUUGUCAGCUAAUGACAAACUGGCUCAGAACAAUUCUCCCAGAGGAUUUUUUUUAUUUUAUUUUUUUGCUGUUAGAAUAAUAAGUAUGUUUUGACUCUGAGAAUAUGAUUCGUAUCAGUGUCUUAUGAGCCCUCAUCUAGUAAUUUACUGCUUUUCCCCAGAGUUGUAAAAAAAAAAAAUGGAGUCUAGGCAUAUAUCUUGGACAGUUCUGUUGCUUCGAGAAAACAAAUGACUCUUUUUUUGCCGGCUCCUAAUCUCUUUCUUCUGCAAGUCUGCAGUUCAUCUGCAAUACAGCUGUGAUUUUAAAAUCCCAAGAACAACACUACUUACUGUAAAAUUAUGAUACAGAUACCAUCUGGUGCUGCUAAUAAGCCAUUGAUACAGGUAAAAUAGCAAUGACUUCAGAGGAGUCCCAUAAAUGUCAAUAUUUUUUCUGUUAAGUGCAGUAGUAGCCAUCAGGGGUGAUGCAGGUGAGGCAGCAUUGCUCACCUGUCAUCCCAAUGCUUGCAUCUCUGCUGUUUACUGAAAGAAGGAGGGACAUGACAACAGGGAGUUCAACAUGGGCACCCAGUUAGCAGUAUUGGAUUGCCUCUGCGGCUCCACCACGCUCUCCGCUGCUUUGUCCCUCUCGGUAACUGGCAGUGAUGUAGGGGGUUGGGAAGCCAGAUGAGCAAUACCACGCUGGCCAUUGCUGCUUAAGUGUCAUGGGCUUAAGUGCCAGGUGCGCUGCUUAUAAAGCAUCGUUCAUGUUGAACCUUUUAUAUACUGUGCCUGUAAAACUCACAUAUAAUAUUUAACCUACUAGAAAACUGAGGUGGUAAAUAAGGUGAGCUUAAUACUAUGGUUAUCAACCUCUUAUACUUUGGCGAUUUGAGAGUGUGAAGUAUGAAGAACUGCUAUAGCUUUCAUGUGUGCCCAGUGCUUUUUGUCUUAAAAAAAUGUUUAGGGGUACUCUCAUUUUCCUACUCAUAUUGAAACAAUGCCUCUCAAUGAGGCCAAACUUAGAUUCACAAAAUGUUCAGAGAUAUGCAUACCCCUGCAUCUCCCCAGAAAGAAAGCAUGCCACCUUUCUGCUGAGUGGUGUAUUAUUCAACUUUCCAAAAGGCAAGAACAGAAUUAAGUGUUUGAAGACCCGCUGCUAUCGGCUAGCCUUUCAAGGGUGCUAAAACAAAAAUACUGAAUUCUUGCACACAGUGGUCUAAAUUUGGUGUCUCAUGGGAAUGUGAGAAGGGUUUCAUUGCAUUAUCCUUUCUACCAAGCAGUAAAAGGGAGCCUCUUCUUGGAACUCCCAUCUGCUGCUAGAGGGAAGAGACUAAAGUUCUGUAUCUGCCAGCAGUGAGAGGUGAGCUUCAGGGUCAUUAGGUAUUGUUUCUGGAAAUAUAAUGUUUUGCUGGUGCAAUGUAAUACAUGAGAAAACAUGGGUGGCUGACCCAGCCUUGUUUUUAAUAGGAUGUCCUAAGCUUAUCCCAUGACUUCCAAAACUAGUUGUAACAUUUAAUCGCGUGGUAGAGGGAGAAAAAUAAGCACCCCUGUCAAAAACUAGGGCAGCUCCGUGGGCUGUAAAGCGUGCGGUCUAAUGUGCUCCGGCACCAAUAUGUGAAUUCCCAAAGGCCUAGCAAAAUAAAAACAACUGAAAAUCCCCCAUUGCUUCAGCAUGUCUGUGGCCUCUGCAUUCCUUAAAAACAUACUCUGUGAAUUAAGGAUCAGGAGGAGGAGUUGCUUGUUUGCUUUGGCAUUUGUUUGCAUUUGCUGUCAAAAGAAAUGUUGGAAGUACAACAAGAGCAGGAGGGGAUUUCAGAGUGGUCUCUGGAGAGGAAGCAGUGCAGGUGCAGCAUUAGCAGUCCUUUAUGCAGUUAGAGUAGUUCUGAAAAUAUUUACAGACAUCCUAAGAAGUCAAAGUUUGUUAUUUGCCUUUCGAGACUGAACAUAGAGAGUCAAUUACAAGAUGUGUGAGGCUGGCCUCCAGACCUAAAUGGAAUUCUGGCACAUGAGUUGUCUCUAUUUUUUAAAGGGGUGUACAGAAAAACUGCAGUUCUCAAAUGUUCCUGAGGUUGUUGUUGUUUUUAUGAACAAACUGUGUUCACGAAACAUGGUUUUUUUAAGCGUAAUAUGCCCAUUCUUCUUGAUGUGAAUUCUAUGUACGUUGUUUUGGGAUAACCCAAAAGGUCCAUAAAACUUGCUGAGAUAAAUUGCCAUGUUUAGAUUUAGAGCUACAUAAUUUGGAGUGUUCCAGGUUGUCUCUAUUAACAAAAGUUCAUUGGUAGGUAGAUGCUGACUUUCUCCACUUACCAGUACAGUGGACUCUCAAGUUAUGUACCGCUCUGGAUACGUAAUUUUCGGGUUGCAAACACGGCAAACCCGGAAGUGUAUACUUCGCCAUGCGCACAUGUGCAGAAAUUUAAUCUGUAUCCGGAGGAUCCACUGUACAGUGAUUUGGUGGGUGACAUGUAGCAAGUACUUUCAUGGGGUGCACUGCACCCAGGUUUGUGGCUGUUGCUGAGGGAGUAGGUGUUCAAAAGCAUCCUGAAAGUAGCUUGGCCUUUAGAUGGCUAUUAGGAAGAGGGUGAUUUGCAGAGUAGCCACUGAAACUCUCUAGAGCUGUUGGUCACAAUGGAACAUAGGGGAGAAAAGGAACCAUACCUAAGGAAUUUCUUUGCAUCAAGUGGAGCCUGUGCUCCUUCAUAGGUUGUUGGACUCCAGUGCCCAUCAGUCCCAGGCAGCAUGGCUAUUGGUCAGGGAUGCUGAGAGCUGUAGUCUAACAUUAUUUGGAGAGCCACAGCUUCUUCCCCAUCCAUCAUCUAGGCUGCUUUUGAUUCUGGUAACAGUAGAUGCUUUACUAAGCAGCAGUGCUUAAACAGUUGAAUUCUAUGAAUUACCUUACCCAAGUUUCAUAAUGUGUUUUUUUUAUUGGUGGAAGCUGUCUCCUUCACUCAGUGCUCCUAUUUUAUAAUACAAACCGUGCUGCCCAAUAAAACAACCAGUUGGUAAACUUCUAGGAAUUUUUUUUAAAAAAAAAUGAGUCACAGCAACCUCUAGUCCAGAUGUCAAAGCAGUCACUGAAAUUUCUUACAUCUAUUUCCCUUUUUGUUCACUGUUUUGAAAAUGUGGUUAUUCAGAAGGGAAAAUAGGGCCAUAUCCAUAUCAGCAGCUGUAUUGCUCUGGUUUCUGACUCUGGAUAGUAAUCAAUUUUAGCAGACCUUUAGUAUGGUCUGUGAACGACUGAUCUUCCUGUGCAAUAAAUCUCUUAGUCUUGAAGGUGUCACAAGACUCCUUUUUUGGAGGAGGGGGAAGAACUAGUUGGCUGAAUGAAUUCAAACUUCGUAAAUGUUCAUUAAGUGAAACUAAUCCUGAUGUUUCUCUUUGUAUACACAAGAUUUUCGAGGAAAGUGUUUUCCUUGUAUCCAGCAGAUUUCCCUUCAGGAAACAGUUCAUUUAAAAGUCAGCUUGAAUUAUUUCCUUCACUGAUUGACCUUGUGGCAGGAAUGAAAUAGCAAGCCUGUUUUUAUAGCUAAUGGGAAAGCUGGGGUGCAAUAAAAGAUACAGUGGGGAGGAGGGGAAAUGCAGUAUUUUUUUCUUGCUUCAAAAUUUAAACCAUUAGUAUUUUGUGGAGUACUUCUCUAUUUUAGAACAGUUAAAUAAUAAAAAAAACUUCAGUAAAGCUUUGUAACCCCGAGGAUGGAGAAAAAAAGCAAAGCUCCAGAAUGUGUGGUGUGAUCCUCGACAUAAAGUUGUCCCUUGACACCCAUUGUCCCUAGAUACCCACCUUCCUUCCCUGCAUGCCAGAUGGCAGAUUCGAAGGAUGGUCAGGAGUGAAAGAAGUAAUCCCCACCCCCAGUGCCACUGCCCCUAUCAAAUUAGGUACCCUCCACGGCUGCUUUAAAAGAAGAAUAACCAUGUUGGGAGAGCUGAUCUUGGCACUGUUCAUGUUCUCAUUCCCCCUAUAUGAGCAUCUUAGGGAAGAUUCAGACAGCUGGAAGCCAUCUACUAUCGCAAAGCUUUCCAAACUUUUCAAGUUGGUGACACACUUUUUGGAUAUGUUUCAUUUCAUGACACAGCAGUUCAGUUUUGCAUCACUUCAUGACACAGUAAUUCAGUUUUACUAGCAAACUGGAGGUUAAACUAACCCUUUGCAGCCCCAGGAAGCGUGUUUAUGCGACACACCUACACACUGCAGCCGACAAACUAGUGUGCCAAGAUGCUCUGUACUAUUGGUUUAGAAGCUUAUUGAUGCUCCUGUAACUGCAUCUUGAGAACAGCAUGUUCCCUUGCAACCAUGUACAUGAUGACACACACACAUGCAUCACUCUAAAUUGCAUUCAAAUUCCUACCUGACCGUAAAACUCACAGGGUUAAAUGUGGGCUCAUGAUCUAUUAGGCUAGCACAUCUCUUUACAGUGGUACCUCGCAAGACGAAUGCCUCACAAGACAAAAAACUCGCUAGACGAAAGGGUUUUUUGUUUUUUGAGCUGCUUCGCAAGACGAUUUUCGCUAUGGGCUUGCUUCGCAAGACGGAAACGUCUUGCAAGUUUGUUUCCUUUUCUUAACACCGUUAAUACAGUUGCGACUUGACUUCGAGGAGCAACUCAUAGAACGUGGGGUGGUAGCCUUUUUGAGGUUUUUAAAGACUUUGGUGAUUUUUGAAGCUUUUCCAAAACUUUCCCGACACCGUGCUUCGCAAGACGAAAAAAAUCGCAAGACGACAAAGCUCGCGGAACGAAUUAAUUUCGUCUUGCGAGGCACCACUGUAGUUGUGAAGGUAAAAAUGAGGUUGAGCAGAGAGGAGAGAAAAGCCAUGUAUGCCUCUCUGAGCUCCUUAGAAGAAGGGAUGGAUGAACUGUAGUAAAAGAAAAACCUAUUUUAACCCAUAUGGCUCUCUCUGUGUGUGAGAGAGAUAAAACUGGACUUCAUUGCACAAGGGAGGCUAGGGACAAUUUCAUACAGCAAGUAUUUAAGUAGUACUGCAUAGCUUAAGAGGUAUGCAAUAGAUUCAGCAGAUGGUGGGUGACAAAUUAUUCAGUUUGUUGAUGAAAACUAAAAGUUUGAGAUCUUUCUCAAACUUGGGGUUCCUUUGCUAUAUGAAAUAUGGAUGGGAGGGUGAGAUCUUUCUGGUUUCUUCCUUUUUAUAUAGUGAAGUUUUCUCCAGGGAGAUCUUGGAGCACUAUAGAAGUCCCAUCGCGACUUGUUUGCUAAGCACUUUGAGGACAAAAUCACACAUUACCUUGGCCUGCAGCCUACAAUUUCAGCAGUUCAGCUGAAAUGUAAGGGUGUAAGGUUUCAUAAACCAUAGUUUAUUAAACAAAGAAUUGGUGUUGGGGCUACACAGUAUUUUCUCCUGUCCCACUCACACCAGAUUUGGUAUGAAGAUCCAAUUUUAUUUUGUACAAGAGGACCCUGUUAUGUCUGAACCUGAAAAAUGAUCACAAACCAGGAUCUCUGUACAAAAUCUGAAGCACGAGGUAAGGGUUGAGGAGGGAGCGUGCAGGUCUGAUGCUUGUUCCCAGCUUUGUAAGAUUUACAAAGCCUAGAUGUUCUAACUGAGCCACAUUUAUGCGUACAGAAACUGUGUAGUCCUUUUAAUAUGGAUUAGGUGACUUUCAGUUGCUGCAGCUGUUCUUCCAGCCUCCCAUCUACUGAGUAAAGGAAAGAAGAAAAUUAGCAGGGGUUGUUAGCCACUUUGUAAAGCCUGUUUACCAAAAAAGGUGGGAUAUAAAUCUCCCCACCUCCGCCAAGGCAUAUAAUUGUACUGCAGGGUGUGAGGUAGAGGUUUCAGAUCUCUCUGCAGUCCUAGGUGGCUGGUUCUGUUUUUUCAGCUGGCCAAGGUUCAUGAGAAUCUGCUUAGUUUUGAGUUAUAUGGCAAUGCUCCAAGAUCUAAACCAUCAACAUCUGCCGUCUUUGUGCUGUAGAAUACCAGCAGGUGAGACUUGAGACAAAACUCCCCAGUUGUUUUCCAAGGAGGGAAGCUGCAUCAGAACUGGUGCGAGAAUUGUGCCGUAUUGAGUUCGUCAACCCUAUGUGGGCCGAUUCAUUUUCUUGUCUCUGACAUUCCUCACUGUUGCUAUGCAGAAUGUGAAUUUCUGCACAGUUUGACACUUCUUGAAGGCCUGGCCCAGCUUAGUAUGUUAACCAGGAAAGGUGGAAGGAAAAAGAGAUGACAGUUACUACUUGAUCCUGUGUGUGUUUACUUGGACAUAAACCUUGCUCAAUAGGAUUUACUCCCAAGUAAGUGUGCCCAGGAUUGCAGCUCUGAUGUUCUUUCAGCUCAUACUAGACUCCCCAAAAGUUAUUGUUAAUGGCAGGCUUUUGUUAAGCUGUUCAAAUUCUUUUUGCUACCCCCAGUGAUAGAAACUGAAAGUACCGUAUUUUUCGCUCAAUAAGACGCACCAGACCACAAGACGCACCUAGUUUUUGGAGGAGGAAAACAAGAAAAAAAAUAUGCUGAAUCUCAGAAGCCAGAACAGCAAGAGGGAUCACUGCACAGUGAAAGCAGCAAUCCCUCUUGCUGUUCUGGCUUCUGUGAUAGUUGUGCAGCCUGCAUUCGCUCCAUAAGACGCACACACAUUUCCCCUUACUUUUUAGGAGGGAAAAAGUGAGUCUUAUAGAGCAAAAAAUACGGUAAAUAUGACAGGAUUUACAAGCAGUUACUGGGAAGCAUUUCCUAGUGCCUUGCUUCAGGGCAAGCGUGGAGGUAAUUAACUGUGUUUAUUUGAAGAUCUACGAGUUCACAUGGGGGUUAUAUGGCUUUCUCUUGUUUAAACAACCUUGUAAAACUGUAUUUUAAAGAUCUCACAAACUUUUAGUAGUGUUGCAGUAACUUUCAUUAGAUCAUCCUAAUGUUUUAUGGAGUUGCUGAGCAGCCUGAAUUAGAAUCUGAUAUGAACCAUUGAACUUUCAGACUGUAACUUUCAGCAACCCUUCAUUGUGGGGUUGUUCAUUGAUAACAUGUCACAUUGCAGCUAGGUGCAUGCAAAAAUGGCAGAAAGCUGUUACUCAGUGUCAAAGUCUCUGGUAUUUUCUUCACUUUAUGUCCCCAUGAGUGCAACAUCCCUUUUUCCUUUGUCUUACCCACCCGCCCUGCCCCAUAGUCUCUACUUUGGCUUCUCCCCACAGUCUCUUUCCCACUGAGGUGAUCCCUCUGUUUAACAAUAUGCAUUGGUCCAUGGCUCUUCCAUGAACAGAAGACUGAACUUGUGAACUUCUUCUGCGUUACUUAAGAAUUUGCAGGUUUUAAAAAACAAGUUCCUGUUCACAGCUGUCCUUUCAUAUUAAAUAUUUUAGAAAAGGUUUUCUUGUAUUUAACUUGAAUUUUGUUAAAUUUUGUUCACUAUUUCCCCCCAACUGAUUCCCUAAAGAAGAAUCAUACUCAAAACAUGGUUAUACCUCAUUUGGCAUUUUUUAAAGACAGGAUUAUUAUAUUUCAUUUGGCAUUUUCUUAGACAUUCUGCUUCAUAGGUAUAGAAUUAAUACUUUAAUAAUAUGGUUUCCCACCUUUUCUUUGAUUGGUAGGCAGCCUCUUUUCAUGCAUCAACUAGUCCUAGACGUCCUUUUAUAAGCUCAAAUGAAAUAACCUGGAUCUGAAUGUGUUGACUUGCCUGCUUGAACAAAAUGCUGGAUUGGGUCCCGAUUUCUACGGACAUGAUCAGAUUGGUUGCUGUUUGAUUUCUGUUAACCAAGCUUAUCUGUGAUUCUAGAGGGUCUAGAAAAAAACCUCCUGCACAAUCUACUUUCCAUGUAUCAAUGGCUGGCCUCAGAAUCCCACUUAGCAAGUGGCACAGAUGGUGUUUGUCAAGUGGAGUUCAACUUGGCCAAAGAGCAGUUUGAAUAUGAGCCCUCUGAGAACAACCUAAUGCCAAGGCUGUAAAGUAGUCCUGAGAGGAGAUAGUAACUCACCUGAGCCUUGGGGGACCAAUUCAGGGUGUGUGUAAAUACCUAUGAAGUGACAAGGUAUAAAACUUUGUGUUUGUAAACUGUUGUUAAUUAUUUGCCCUCUGUUUUCUUUGUACAUGGCUUCUCUGGACAACAGAGCAUUUGAUAUUUUCCUACCCCAGAACACAACCACAACACCAUGCUAAAAAACCAGAUUUUGGAACAAUACACUAAUGCUCAGGCUUACUGUAAUUUCCAGGUAUGCCGUUUUAUGUGGCCAGGCUUCAGAACACGAAAGUAUACAAAAACGUAUACAAGCAGGGCACACUUUUAAGGUAAGAUGGCUUUUUCUCUUUUAAAAAGACAUUUAUCGCAAUGGAGUAAAAUAGGAUAUUGUGUUGAAAAGGCCUGAGAACACGAUAGAAGGACAUCAAAUAUAUUAUAAGACUAAGCUGCAAGUAAGAUUUCCAACUGAUUAUAACCAUGGUCUGCUUAAAGCUACCCAACAAAUUUAUGGCUGAGGUUUAUUCUGACUUUUACUCUGCGCCAUACAUUUCUGGCACCCUUCUGUCUCUCUCACCCUUUCUCAUAUAACACACACAUGUACAUGCAGUGUGGGUGCUGCUCUUCCAUGGUGCUGUUCUGUAUUCCAGAGGACUGUGUGAAGUAAACAUUCAUGAAGAUAGGGCCAGUUAAUUUAAUGGGUCUCUGCUUCAGUUGAACCCUACAAUUGGUUCCUCCCAUGUUUUUGUUUGUUUCGCAUAACAGUCUCCAGUGCUGUAGGAUCCCAUAGUGGCAAAGCAUCCACUAUGAGUGCGUGUAGGAGGAGGAUUUUAAAAUGUGUGGUUGACAUAAAAGAGGACAUGACAUUUGUGCCCUUUAGCAGAUUUUAAGAAAUGACUUAAAGAAGUUGCAGAGAGUCUUGUCUUUGGUAUAGACUCUGGUAUUAGCAAGUUCUGUAUUACCAGCUUUUUUAUAGUUUACUGCUUUCGGUCAUUGUUACAUAGGAAACAUGUUUUUAGUGGAAUCAUGGAUUUAUCCCAAAAUGAGUGUAAUCUUAAAAUUGUGCUUCAUGAAUGAGAAAUGUCUUUGCUGUACAUCUCUUUAGAAACAUGUAGACAAAGCAAUUGCUCUGAAACCAGAUGACCCUAAAUCUUACUAUCUCCUGGGCCGGUGGUGUUACCAGGUAAAUCAUUUUCUUUAAUAUGUAUUUCUGAGGUCACAAGACAUCAUGCUAAAUUAUUUUGUCUAUAUUGUUGUUUGUUGUUGGCACCCGCCUGUCUCGGGAGACAAUGAAAGAGUGUGUCCUAUUCCUCCUCUGGUCAGUCUUGUGGAUGCGCAACCAAUCUCCAGGUGAUGCGGUCGUCUCCAAGAGAUUCCCACAUGGAGGAGUUAAUGUUGCCAGCCUUUCUGUCACAUUUGCAGACACCUUUGUAACACAGAGUUGGUGUGCCAAUGGGUCUGGUGCCUGAAGCCAGCUCCCCAUAGAGCACGUCCUUGGGGAUCCUACCAUCUUCCAUUCUGUGGACAUGACCAAGCCAGCAUAGAAUAGGAAAUAAAAUACAUCUGUUGAAUGCCUUAGGGUUUUUCUGUGUUUAACUGUCUGGAUUCUUUUAUGCAAUUUCAGCUGCCGAUAAGAUCUUCACAAAAAUAGUCUGCUUCAUUGAUUUGGUUCAGCGACUCAGUUUUAUUGCAUUUAUUGCAGAUGGAUGCAAUUGUAAUGUUUUGUGAUGCUUGAAAAUUCUGUUGUGGUACAGAGUUCCUGAUUUAAAAUGUUGAAAUCUGUCCCACAGCUCCUUUCUCCACUUCUUCCUAUAUUUGGCAAUUGAGUGUCGAUGCAUCACUUGUUUGAGGCAACAUUAAGAAUAAGCUCAAUUAGAUCUUUGCAGUGGGAUGGAAUUUGCAUGUAGUGUUAUGGCCUUGUGAUGCGCACGCUCUCUUUCUGUCUCUCUCUCAAACGUGCACACACACAGAAGGCUAGUGGCUUCUAACUAAUUCACUGGUCUUCAAGGCAUUUACACUAGAAUCUAAUAGUUGACCAAAAUGGAGUUUCCCAGGUAACGUGGGAUGGGCAGCUUAAAAGCUGCUGAUAUAGAGAGCCAGCACUGUUUUAAAAUGCAUGAAUAGGCAACAUGCACAAAACAAUCACUAAUGAGCAAAAAGUACUAUUGGAUUUGUCCCACAAAUGUCAUAUGACAAGUAGUUUUAGAUGGGAGUGUAAUGUGUCUGACUGCAGAGAUUUGUAGUGUGAUCAUCUGCUGCUACUGUUAAUCCUGAUUACUGUUUUAUACCUGUGUUUGCUGGGGAGUGAGUAUAAGAAUGUUGUUAAGAUAUUUAUAUUGUGAGUUAGUGUCAAACUGAUGCUGGCUUCUUUUUGGCAACAUGCAUUUGUACAAAAACUGUUCAUGCUUUGUUUUAUGAAUGUGAAGUAUAUUUAAAAAGUGAUCUUUUUUUAAUUGAACAAGUUAGAAUUGCGUUGAAUAAUUUUGUAAAAAAACGAUUGUACCUUCUAUUUGAAACGUUACUAUUAUAUGCACCAGUAGAUAGCUUUAAAUUAUUUGCUGUCUCUAUAUAUUGUGCGUGUUCUAGAUUAGCAACAUUAUCUUCAUGAUUUAUUACCUGGAUCUGUUUUCUUUCUUUCCUCUUCCUUUAGAGGGGAAAAUGCUAUUAUGCUGAAAGCAGUUCCAAGUUGUAAGAAACUCAAGAUCCUAGGUAGUUUUAAGAUCCUGAUUUAGUGCUUUGUUCAUUGGAGGGGGCAAGGGAAGUGGACACAAAGGGAUAGUGAAAGAAAAGCAUUAGUUGCAGGCAAAUGCAUGCUUUCACUUUCCCCAUAAUUUUACUCCAGUAAAAACAAUCACACUUCCCUCUUUUGAACACACAUGGAUGUGAUUAAGGAUGUUUUGGAGCACUCCAGGGCUCCUGCAUACAGUGUAUUUGUAUAAUGCUUAGCAUGUGUUUUUCUUCUGUUGCUCUUAUCAGAAACGGUUGCAGGUAUUUAAAAAACUGUAUCACGUGCUUUAUAUUUUUCAAUGGUGUAAAGAAAGGAAUGAAUUGAGGGCAAUUCAUUCACUUAUUGAAAAAAACUGGACUGAGCUAAGUUUAUUUAGUACAGUGACUAUGAGGCAUCCAAAAAAAAAAAUGCCCGGGCAAUGGGACUGCUAGCUUGCUCUUCCACUGCUAGCAGAGUCCAACUUUGCUGCAGUUGAGAUUUAGUAGUGUUGGAUAACAAAACAGAAUAUCAACUAGAGUGUCAUUACAAGCAAAUGGUCAUUUAAAUAUUGAAUGGCAGUGUGGAGUAGCAACCUCUACUUCUCUAAUAUUUCAUCUCAAAAACGAAGCAAUACUGGUGGGAGGAGACACUAGAUUAAUUGGUUCUUAAUCCAUGCCCUACCUAUUACUGCACAUUGCAACACAUGGAGGCCACCGCCAUCUUAUUUUUAUGGUAAAUAAUCAUGUUAAUACCUUCUGUGUGGUAUACCCUGGUCUCUGUAGGGCACCUGCAUUACAUUAUUCUUGGAAGGACGGAUGCAUUCUAUCCUGUUCCUCUGCCAUACAAAUGGAAUCACUGGCAAGAUAGGCAUAUGAACUAGGUGGUUUUGUGUUGGCUGCCAAGUUAUAGUAGGAAGAUUAUGUUCCCAUCUUUGUUUUUAUGCAGGUCUCUCAUCUGGGAUGGUUGGAAAGGAAAACUGCUGCUGCCUUGUAUGAAGAACCCCCCACAGCCACUGUUCAGGAUGCACUGCAGAAUUUCUUAAAGGUACUAACAGUUGAGCAAAGCACUAAAAUGGCUAGUUAUUAGUUGUGCACAAACAACCAACAAAAGCAGCUAAAGUUCAGCAUUUUCAAGCAUAUUUGAAUAACAGCAAAAUAAGCUACCAAGCUUCUUAAACAUGAGAAUGGGCCUUUUUGGUGGCGGCUCCCGAUUUAUUCCAUCACUAUCUACUUUUAGGUGCCAGCCAAAAACAUUUCUCUUAGCCAGGUUUUUACCCCUUAAUUUGGAGGGGUUUAGAUAUUUGUGGCCUCUUUCAGUGAGUGGAAUAUGUUAGGACCUACCUUUUAGAUGUAUGGAUCUGUUUUGGUUUUAUAAUGGUUUUAAUCUUUGUACUAUUUUGUAAACCUUUUGUAAAAGAAAAGUGACUAAUAAGUGCAAUAAAUAAUAAACUUUUACACACAUAAACACACAUCUUUUCCCAGCUUCCAUCCAGUCAAAUGUGAGACAAUUAUCACAGUUCAAGGACACAUUUCAGCCAGGCUGAAGAGUAUAAUUCAGGACCACUGAGAGUCAGAUAGGUCUGAAAGGCUGCAUGCAGACCCCGGGCCUAAAGUUCCUCACCCUUGCAUUAAAGGCUAAAAUAAAUACUAUGGGGUAAGCUUCCAAGAUUUUUGUGGUCUUUUUGAUGCAACAGACUAAUACGACUGCUCCUCCAGAUGUUUCGUUAGGUGUACAGGUCAUGUAUUUUGAUGGGCAAGGGUAACUGACUCACAUGGGCUACAUGCAGAAGUAUCUGAAAGCCCUGCUUCUUAAAAUGAUGUGAGCGUAGCAGAAGUUUCUCUCUAAUAGGCCCCCUCCCCAUUUUCAUGACCCAGUAGAGUGCAGACAGUUUCUGUCUGAUGAACAGUGUAGAACCUGCAUAGCCUGAGCUAAAGUGUAAUCUCUCUGAAUCAUCUUUAAUUCUUCAUAUUCAUUGUAGGCCGAAGACCUGAGUGCUGGUUUUUCAAAAGUGGGAAGAAUAUACAUUGCCAAGGUAAGUGUAUGUUUGCUUGGGCCACAAAAGUUGUGUGUUAACGUAUGUCAGAAGUUCAGAAUUGACUGCUUGGUUUGAACACAUGAAACUGCCUAAUGCAGAGUCAGACCAUUAUUUAUUUAGAAAAACUAUGCUACACCCUUCCAAUGGUCUGCAUCACUCAAGAUGAUCAUUAGGCUUUCUAGCCCCUAGUAUCUAUGGUUCCAACUGGGUAGUGGCUGUUGCUGUUGGGUUUUUGUUUCUAUAUUGUAGAUCGUGUUGUGAUUUACAUGGAAAGCGUUCGGUUUGGUUCCACAAAGGAUUUGAAAUAUGUUCUUGUUUGUACAAACUGAAUGAUUUUUUUCUGGAGCUGCAUUGUCCUGUUUCUGUGACCUCCAGUUGGAGCCCAUGAAAGUUUUAAUGCCAAAUGGCUUUUGCUACAAUAGCCAGAGGAGAAGCCAAGCAAGAGUGUAGAGGGAUUUGCUCCCUGUAAAAUCACUCUGUUCCCCAAGUCCCAAACAACCUCAUUUUAUGUUGAGUAGUGUACAAGUUUUUAAGAUUCUGUUCCUGGCUUGGAAUAUAUUCGAAUUUGAAUUUGCCAGAAGUUUUACUUGCUUUGACAGUCUUCUGUAAAAACUGGAAGGUGGUAAUAAAAUUAAAAAAGAAGUCAACAAAAUGCAGAAAUCUUUGUGCAGGUUACUUUUUUACUUGUUUUACUACACUGUGGGCCGUUGUGUAUCUCAUACAUGACUAGGAUGUCAAAUGAAUAUAAUCUUUAGUUAUAAGUACAGGACUAUAAGAAUUUCCCCACCAUGGAAUGUUUUCCCUAGAUAUGUCUAAGAAGCCUAGAUCUAAGUUCAUUUUAAUUAUCAUUUCUUCAUCAUUCUUCCAUUUCAAGAAAAGUUUGCUUUUAAUAAAAUAAGAAAGUUACUAUUCUAAAUAUCAGCGUUUCAUAUGAUACAGUUGAAAUGUGAAUUGGGAUUCUGGUGCAAUUAAACCACACCAUCAUGAGACAUAUGGUCACUCUUUAGCUAAAAACAUUCUUGUUUGGAAAAGCCUACCCGCAGAUGCUUAGAAAGUUGAGGUAAUUUUAAUCUGUUUUAGUAUUUUAACUUUUGUAUAUAUGAUUGUGAAUUUUUCUCAAUUUUUCUGUUUUAUCUUUUGUAAGUUGCUUUGGGUUUUUUUUUUUACAAUCAAGUGGUGUAAAAUUUGUAUUAAACAAAUAAAUAAUAUUUUAAACACUUUUUAGUAGUUGUAUAUAGACUUUCCUAUACCUCUUAGCAAAAUAAUUUAUCUGAGUCACUUGAAAAUCACUCACUUCUACUGUUCCAUUUUAACUAAGGCUGCAAUCCUGCAUACACUCAAACUUGACCCUCCAGCUGUUUUGGGACUACAACUCCCAUUAUCGCUAGCUAACAGGACCAGUGGUCAGGGAUGAUGGGAAUUGUAGUCCCAAAACAGCUGGAGGGCCAAGUUUGGCCAUGCCAUGGUGGGAUUAACACAAGUAAAUAUGUAUAGGGUUUCACAGUCUGACAGUAGGACUUUUAUAUAUACAGUGGUACCUCAGGUUACAUACGCUUCAGGUUACAUACACUUCAGGUUACAGACUCCGCUAACCCAGAAAUAGUACCUCGGGUUAAGAACUUUGCUUCAGGAUGAGAACAGAAAUCGUGCUCUGGCGGCGCAGCAGCAGCAGGAGGCCAAAUAGCUAAAGUGGUCUUCAGGUUAAGAACAGUUUCAGGUUAAGUAUGGACCUCCGGAACGAAUUAAGUAAUUAACCUGAGGUACCACUGUAUCUAGCUAGUGUUUGAAGACAGGAGUGCCUGGCGUGCUCUGGUCCAUGGGGUCACGAAGAGUCGGACACGACUAAAUGACUAAAUUCUUAUAUUCCAAGAAAAUGAUCUGUUGUACAUAAUUUUGUUGGCAUCCGUCUGUCUCGGGAGACAAUGGAAGAGUGCGCCUUUUGGAGGCGAAUCAGGGUAUUUUGAUUCCACUGGUGAUUCUGUGAAACCAAAGGGUAAAAUACGUCCCAAGAUGCUUAGACAAAUUCUGCUAAAUGGGCCUGUGAGGAGGGUGUCAGCCCCAUGCCUGCCCCCCAGGGGUGUGGCAGCCUAAGCACUAUGCAGUCAGCAGUGCUGAAUGUAACGUCACAUUCACUCUUGCGUCACCGGCUCACAACAUCCUCUUGGAUGUGCCUGUGAAGAACACCUUACCUAUGGCAGUUGCUAUUGCCUCGUCUCUUGAACAUCAUUCUGAAGUGAAUAGUACAGCUUAAUGGGUUUGUACAUGGACUGUUGAUGUCCCCCAUUCUGAUGCCUCUCUCUCUCUCUUAGAGUUCAGUCUACUAUAUAUUUUGGAAAGUGCUUUCUCCAGGCGUCUCCUCUUCUGUUCUCUAUGGGUUUCAGUGUUUGAAAAGAUAAAUUAUAUUUUUUAUUAAUGGAAUACACAUCCUCAUAAAAUGUUCUAUCUUGUUUUAAUUUUGCUUUCCCUCCCCACUCUCUCUUGCAGUGCUACAAGGAACUAGGAGAUAACUCGGCAGCUGCUCACUGGCUGGGUUUGGCUUCAGAGUUGCCAGUCAUCACAAAAGAGGUAGUGUUUGAGUGUCAUUCAUGUGUGAAGAUGAUGAUUUAACAGAUCCAAAUAAUAUGCCAUCUCAUAUUUAGUUGUAUCUGUCUUCAGAGAUAGACAGCCUAUUAAAUCUACACUUUAGAUUUAUUUUAUCCUUCUUCCUUUUUGAGCAGUUUUCUAAACCUAUUCCUGAGUAAUUUUUUAAAAAAAAAUAUGUUAACUUUAAUGUCAUUUUAAAUAGGUAAUAGGUGAACCUAAAUAUUCAAACUGCUGAAUCCUACUGAUCUGAUUUAUAUGUUAUGCUAAGCCAAACCGUGACUUAGCCAGACUCUGGGAGAAAAGAUCACAGCCAUUUUGUUGCUCUCUAGCCAUUGUGCUUUGCCAAGUUAAGCCAUGGUUUAUAUUGCAUGAACUCUGGCUUGCAGUCUAGCUUUCCUGGUUUGCAGCUCAUGGUUAGUAUGGAGAGCACUAAACCACAACCCAGGUUUGGACAGCACACAAAGCCAAACCGUGGCUGAAUUCAGUGCAGCACAGCAGCAAAAUGACUUUAGAGGAGCAAAGUGGCUGUCUGGUGCAUCUUGGUAGCCCAUGCAAAUCUUGCAAGUAAGUGGUAAGUGGUGAUAAGUAAUUUUUCUAUCGCUGUUAUGGUGGGGCUGUUUUUUAUAAAUGUUCUCUGGAAUGUUAACAUAUAAUAAUAAUAAUAAUAAUAAUAAUAAUAAUAAAUAAUUUUUAUUUAUACCCCGCCCUCCCCGGCCAGAGCCAGCCUCAGGGCGGCUAACAUCAACAGAAAUUAUAUGAAUUUUCUAUUGUGUAAUGUUGCUUGGAUAUAUUUUAGGUAACAGGCCGCUAAUAUAAUAUUAAUAUUGCAGUUAAAUAAGUUGAAACUGGCUGCAUUGAACUUGCUAUAUUGAACUAGAGGUGAGAUCUUCACGGACCCUGUCAGAUGUUUUUAAGCUGGAAUAUUCAUUCUAGGCUAUAAUGCCUACAGUUGUUUUGAGGAUCUUCAUUCUUUUAAAAGUUUUCACCUGAAAGGGGUUUUAUCUUUUGUUGCACAGCUCCUUAAAUGACUUUCGGACUAUGGAUAUACUGAAUUUUGCUCACUAUUUUAUAUUAUGCGAAACUGGUGUUACUGCCACCUCCAGAACAAUAUCUAGUAUUGCACUAGCAAAUCUUCUACUGCAGGCUGCCAAGCUUAGGGAAACCAGAUGUCAAACUUAAGAAUUCCAGUCACUGAACAGGAAAUUUCAGAGAUCAAGAAAAGGUUAGAUCCAUCAAUUCAGGCAGCAAAAACCUGUCAGACUUGGCUAGGGUAAAGACGUUUGCUAACCAGGCAUUUUAGGAAAACAAGUUGCGCGCUGUAGGAGGAGUGUGCAUCUAUAUAAAUCAGAAUUGAGUGUCAAAAGUGAAGAAUGAACAUCUAAUGGCCAUAAAAACCAGGCUGGCCACAAGUAGCAAGGCAUCCUCCAGUGGGGUCGGCAGGGGCACGGUCACCAUUUCGGAAUCAGGGCAAGUGUCAGCCAGUGAUAUUACAGCAUGGUUAGUCUCCUAGGGGAUACUGAGUUUUGUUGAAUGGGAGUCUGGGGUGAGAGGCCAGGUGCUGGUGAUCUUGUCUAGUAUUUCUUCCCCCAGAGUGAGAAACAGGACUGGAAGUGGAUGGCUCUGGGUGAGAGCCUAGGACUAGGAUGGGUAGCUGCUUCUGCUGAUUAUGCUUGACUUACGCAAGGAGAUUAGGUUGUGAUAUGCCCUAGAUAGAUCUGAUAGGCUGGGUAUUUACUUUCAGCGGAAAGGACUGCGCUGCUCUACCUGUGGCUGUUUUACUACUGUACUACUAGAUAUCUUUGAUUUGGUGAGGUACAGGAUUGUAGCAGGAAUUGUGUUUUUAGCUCCUCCUCCUUGCUGUCCACUUCUGGUAAUUGUAUAAUACAGUGGUACCUCGGGUUACCUACGCUUCAGGUAAUAGAUGCUUCAGGUUAUGGACUCCGCUAACCCAGAAAUAUUGCCUCAGGUUAAGAACUUUGCUUCAGGAUAAGAACAGAAAUCGUGCUCCGGUGGCGCAGGGGCAGCAGGAGGCCCCAUUAGCUAAAGUGGUGCUUCAGGUUAAGAACAGUUUCAGGUCAAGAAUGGACCUCCAGAACGAAUUAAGUUCUUAACCCGAGGUACCACUGUAUAUGCUUUGUGUUUGAAGGGGGGCAGGGAGAUAGAAUGUUUGAGGUUCCCCAGCUGGUUUCAAACUGUGCCUGCAAAUGGACAACUUCAGAGGGUAUUGCUGUCAGCACUGAUCAGCUGACCAUCAUUGAGCCUGGCUUUCCAAGGAAACAUUGGGAGAAGACUUUUAAGCAGUUCAUAUGCAGUUGUGUCUUUAGUAGGUAGACAUAUUUUGGGGAAAACAACCUGACAGGUUAAAUUAGGGCCCCUGCUAGGCCAAAUUAGGGCCACGAGCAAAAGGUUUCCACCGCUGUUUUGAAGUAUAAACAGUAUGGAAAAGGAAGAAGAGCCAGUCAGGGUUGUUUGUUUCAUUUUCUCCCUAGGAGGUUGGGAGAAGAAUAGCAUGUUGAUCAUCCUGAUUGUAUAAUUUUGCAGAUGGGAUUAGUUCAAACCAGCUAGCCACAAAUUUACUUUGUUCCUUUUCAUUCCUCCAGGACGCUGAAAGCAGUAGAGAGAUGGAAGAGAUGGAAUCAAAUUCAGAAGGCUAAGCAAGUUGAAAGAUCUGUCUGCAUAUUAGUUGUGCAAAUGCAGUGAAAGUGCCAGUCUAAAAGGUUUCACAGUCAUUAUUAUCCUCACUGGGCUUCUUGAACAUGCCGCAGAAUGAAAAUGAAAAAUCAAACUGUGGUUUCAGCAGUCCUUUUUCAAAGAAUUAGGCUGGCAUGAUAGUCAAAGAAAAGUGAUUCAGCUCAUAUCCCUUGAUUUCUAAAUCAGUAUGCUCAAGUGUCCUCAAAACAGAAGUUACCAAGUUGAUUAUUUUUUCAUGCUUGUGUUUUGCAUAUUCACCAGCCAGACAUUUCCAAGACACAUUAAUUGCACACUUCCUUAAUUGUGAUGUGAUCAACAUGACACUUUGUGUGUUAAUCCUGUUUUCAUAAUACAUUAGAAAUUAAUCAGUAAAAAGAAGGCCUAUAUUAGAUGUGAUGGCAGAAUUAGGCACAAGAUCUCCCAUAGUUUUUAGGUUAAAGCAGACCUGGGGAGGGUUUUUAAAAAGUUUCUCAUUUAAAAACAGUUUCCCAUUUAGAAUCUCCCCAGCUAUAUGUUAGGUAUAUACCCAAUACCUUUAUGUUUUCCAGUUUAUUUGCCAUAAGACAAAUAGCUUGAACUGGGUGGGUGGGGGGAGUAAAUUUGGGAAUGAGGUUUAUGGGAAAGCUUUAAUUGUCCACUUUUCUAAUAUCCCACACUUGUAGUGAUCAGCAGAGCAAGGUGGCAUUGCUUACCUGGCCUCCCAGCAUAGAGGUUGCUGCUGGUAAAUAGGAAGGGGAGGGGCAAGGCAACGGGGAGGUUGGUGUUGUGCAGGUACAAUGGCAGGACCAAUCCAGUAUUCCCAAUGCUGCAUCUACAUCAAUCCAUGUCACUUUGCCCCUUUCCUUCUCUGCUACUGGCAGUGACUUCACAUUAGGAAGCCAGGUAAACACCACUGCUCUACUGGCCCACAGCCUCAGCCCAAACCCAAUUACUGCUUUGAUCUAAAUGGAAAAUGGCAACAGAUCUUGUUUUCUGGAUUCCCCUGUGUUGCAUCUAGUUUGAACUGGAUGUAUAAGGUAGAAUUAUAGAUCACGGCUUCCUCUGGCAAAAUGAUUAAUGCUUAAUCCGUGGACGCAUGACACUCUGUUCACUGCACACGAUAAAUAUUGUUGACUUGGCCGUUUUUACUCAAGGCAGCGUAGUACUGUCACUUUCCAUUGCCCCCAUUGUUAAUAUCCAAGUGGGGAUUGAUAGGAGAACAUUGGGUGCCAAUACAAUAUUCCACAAGCUAGACUUCUGUUUGAGCCCUUACAAAUAACUCUGAAAAUAUUUAUUGUGUCCAACACAUACACCUUGUAAGCUGCUUGUGGACUUUGUGUUUCUUUUAGAGUACUCCACUUCUUCCGCACAGUACGCUAUAACUGUGGCACUGCCAUUCUUUAAAGUCACAAGGGGCACCCAGCAGAAAAACUUAGAAAAACCUUAAUGUUGGGGGACCAAAUAAUUUGCCUUCAGUUUUUGGAGGUGUUUGAAAGAACUAACAUCACUGCUGCAAAGGGCGAUUAAAAUCUGUUUUAAGUUUAAGGAAUAAAAACAAAGAGUUUUCUUCAUCUGCUGGCCUUUAACAGUAUAUUCCAAGAUAUAUUUUUAAAAUUAUCUUUCAUUCCUUCUCUUCAGCCAUGAGCAUUACCUGCCUACUGUAGAAUACAGCAUAGGGGGAAAUUCUUGGUUCUGAAAGAGAACCAAGCUCUGUAUUUCCCAGAGCUGUCACUGAGUUGUACAGAAUAUGUAAUGCCUAAGAGGUGGAAUUAAAUUACCAGUCAGUUUCAGCCUGUUGUAAACCAAACAAUCUUACUACUUCCAGAGUGCAGAAUAAUUCUGUUUUCUGUGUCCUGUAAUUUUUGCCAGGAAUUCAAGUGGGAUUUCUCAGUCCCCUUGAAACCUAAUUUACUGCUCACUUUAGCUGGAUAAUUACAGUGAUUUUUAUUGAAUACACGCUGCUGUAUUUAACAUUUCUAGAAAACACAAUUAGAGAGAAUAUUUUAUAUAAAAAUCAUCUAAUCUAUUCACCCAAAUAUGUAUACAGUGGUGCCUCGCAAGACGAAAUUAAUCCGUUCCGCGAGAGUCUUCGUCUAGCGGUUUUUUCGUCUUGCGAGCAACCCUAUUAGCGGCUUAACGGAUUAGCGCUAUUAGCGGUUUAGCGGCUAUUAAAGGCUUAAAGGCUUAGGGGAUUAGCUGCUAAAAGGCUAUUAAAGGCUAUUAAAGGCUUAGCAGAUUAGAUAAAGGGGGGGAGCGAAAAAAAAAUCUCUAGACUCGCAAGACAUUUUCGUCUUGCGAAGCAAGCCCAUAGGGAAAUUCGUCCUGCGAAGCGCAUUGAAAACGGAAAACCCUUUCGUCUAGCGGGUUUUCCGUCUUGCGAGGCAUUCGUCUUGCGGGGCACCACUGUAUAACAUUACACUAGAAUUGCUUUUUAACAUUACAACAAAUCAAGUUGGAAGACAAGAAAUAUUUCUGUCCAAAGAUUUUCCUGGUGCAUAUUUUCCUUAAUUCAUAUUUAUAUCUAAAAACAUUAGAUAGGCUUCACCCUAGUCCUAUAAACGUUAAGAGAAGCAGGUACUUUUAUAGCCCUAUUUUUACUGUGCUCACAAGGAAAUGCAACUCGGUUAAGAUUGCAAAAUCAGAAAUGUGGAUUGUAUUCAACUUUAAGUUGUACUCAGAGUAGACCCACUGAAAUAAAUAAACCUACGUUAGUCAUGUGCAUUAAUUUCAGUGGCUGUACUCUGAGUAAGAGAAGUAUUGGAUACUGCCCUUUGAGUAGGUGGCAGUGUUAUGUAUUCUUGUGACCAUGUGGUUUGGAUGAGAUCAUACUGCCAACUACUAAAUCACUAGGGUAGUUCCUUGCAUGUUCAAAAUGACUGGCCAUAAAAUGUUCAGUGAAGGGUUCUUCAAGUUAAUUCAACAUAGUGAAAGUUUCCCGGUAUUUAAAGGUUUGUAUAAAUGCCUGAAAUAAUACUUGUUUUAAAUACAGUAAGUCCUUGGAUCAGUCCUUGUUGCCCUUGCUAAUUUACAGUACUGUAAUAACAUUACCUCACAAUCAACUUAGUUCAUGCCCCUUGCGAAUUUUAGGCCAUGCCAUCGUACACAAUCUAAACAAUGUCCUACUCUAAUACUUACUCCAUACUUCAUUCAGGUGAAGUACAAAUUGUAUCUUCAGCUUAGACCUGUGGGCCAUUUCCCUCAAACCAUCAGUUGUUUGUCACUUGUAGUGUGAUCUGAUGAGUGGGAGGGCAGAGUUAAGACCUGAGUUGGCUGUGUGCACCUCUUCCUUGCAAGGGAUGGCUGAUGGAGACGUUAAAUUAAAAUAAAUCAGUUCAGCAGGAUUCCAUGCAAACCCCUCCAUGAUUCAGGGAGCGCUUUGCAUUGGAAGCUGCUGGAAAAAACACCAGUCACAUUUGGUCUGCAGCACUGAUAUGGGAUCUGACUGGUGGAGUCAGAAAGAUUCCCUAUCCCAUUCUAAAACCGCUAAUCAAAAUGUGCAUCUGGAUAUUGGACAUUUUGUUUGAGUGAAAAUUGGAGUGACUAACAAUAACAACCUUUUAUUAUUUAUACCCCACCCAUCUGGCCUUGAGGCUCUCACAAGUUUUACUUGAAAAGGACCAGUCCAUAUAUUUGCAUUCAGAAGUACUUACAUUUUUCUGAAGUUAAAAAUUCGUUGGAUUUCUGUGCCUGACCAAAUUAUUUAUUAUUCCAAUGAAAGAACUAAUUGAAAUGCUUGGGAGAGCCGUAAGAAUUAUUAGACAGUGACCAAAGUAUUUUCUGUGAGUGCUGCUUUUAAAAAGUAUGCUCUGAAAGCAUUUACAGAAGAUGGAGAACUGUAACUAAGGCUGCAAUUCUGUACUUGCUUACCUGGGAGUAAGCCUCACUGAACUGACAUACUUCUGAGAGAUGUGAUAGGAUUGCACUAUUGAGUACACUUUUCUUUCGUCGUCGUUGCCCCCAAUUCUGACAUUCCACAUGCUUAUUUAUGAGACCUUUGGUGAUUCAAUGUUUGAUUUCCUAAUGUGUUUAAAGCUUUAAAUUUCCACGUGUGAUAUUCUGAUACUACAGAGAAAUGAUGUCAAUUGCAAACACAUUUAUUUUUAUGUGAGAUGGAUGAAUUAAGUAACUGAUCUGAUUGUGCUUCUGCAAGUAAGCCUGACGAACCUGACUAAAAUGCCAAUGAAGUAAACGAAGAAAGGGAUCCUUCAGUAACCUCACAUGAUAUCAACCUUUCAUUCAAGUACAGACAUAGUCAUGUUGUGGUGCCCUGUGUAAAAUUGCACUGUGUGAUCAUUUUAGGGCCCACAAAGCAGUGAGUAUCUUAAUGCACUUGACCAAAGCAAGGUCUUUAGUAUGAUUGCAAUAGCACAAGAAUGGUCCUUUAACUGCAUUCCAUAUCCGACUAACUUCUCUCCCUGCCCCCAACCCCUGAAUGAAUUGCCACAUGGGAGCACUGCGUGGGAUUUUGCAGGCUGGGAGGAAAAAGCUUUGAUAGGCUGGACAAGAUCCUCUGGCUAUGUACGUAUGUGUGCCUUGCCCUUCAUCUAAGGACCUGGAGAGAGAACUCUGCCUGCCUGCCUGCCUCCUUUUGUUCCUUUGCAGGAGAUUGCUGUUAUCACUAACACCAUAGAAUCAUGUGUUGAAAACAGAAUAGCUUUCUGAAAUUGGUUUAAGUAAUCAAGGCAAUAUCAUUUUGAGCGUGGUAGAUGGUAUACCUUGAGAUCAGUAUUUUGGAGAAGAGUAAUCUCUGAGGAAGGAUGGUUUGGGGAAAGUGGUUCUUUUCAUUUAGAAGGAGGUGCACUUUAGCAGCCUUAGGUGGAAAUGAUUUAUGUGUGUGUGGUGGUGGUGGUGGUUUUUUUUAAAAGUUGCAUAAGUUUUGUUGACUAAACUGUGAAUAUAAAGGUGAAAAUCUUUUAUGACUGCACUGCAACCCUCCCAGAGGGUCACUAAGGACUUAAAAGUCUAAUGGACAAGAGGUAGUUCAAAAAGGCAGUUUGCAUUACUGACAAAACUUACUUCCAAUAUCUAUUUUACAGGGAACAAAAGACAAUUAUUUUCAUGCAGCUGUCUAUUUGUUUUUAAAAAUCAAGCUAAUACAAGAGUUAAUUGUAAAACUGGGUGGUUUUAACUUCAAAUUUAUUUGAAAUAAAAGUGACAACACUGCCUAAUGAUGAGUAUGUAACAGUUCUGAAAUAAAAAUAUCUGCAUUCUUUUUAUAUGACUGUGGCUUGUAUCCAGAGUUCUGUGAGCAAAACUCUUCUCGGAGGACUUCUCCCAGGAGGAAGUGCAGGGAGGUGACGUUUACUGAUUCAUACUUCCCCCUGCAGUGCUCUGAAAAGCUGCUCCAGCGGGGCUGGAGAGCCUCUUCCAGGAAUAACUUGGCUGAAGGGAUAAAAAUUGAAACCCAAAUCUGAUUCCAGACUUCUCAAGAAGUGUAUUGUGACAUAGACUGUGUAAUUAACAAACAUUGUAUUGGUGACUCUAGUCAAUAACUGGUUCCUUAAAAUUACAGGAAUUAUUUUAAUAAAGGAAAAGGCCAC